GCGGCUCGGUGCAGCGGCGGCGGCACGCUGAGGGGGCGUCGCCGCCGCCGGCCCCCGGCGCCACGGGAGGCCGCGCCCGCCAUGGCGGCCCGGGUGGUGCUGGACGAGUUCACGGCGCCCGCCGAGAAGGCGGCGCUGCUGGAGCGGAGCCGCGGCCGCAUCGAGGCUCUGUUCGGCGUGGGCCUGGCGGUGCUCGGCGUCCUCGGGGCGGAGGAGCCGCUGCCCGCGCGCAUCUGGCUGCAGCUCCGCGGCGCGCAGGAGGCGGUGCACAGCGCCAAGGAAUAUAUCAAAGGGCUCUGUGAGCCUGAACUGGAAGAAAGAGAAUGCUACCCCAAGGCCAUGCACUGCAUUUUUGUUGGGGCACAGAGCCUAUUUUUAAAGAGCCUAAUUCAGGAUACUUGUGCUGACCUCUGCAUUUUAGACACGGGACUUCUUGGCAUCAGAGGAAGCGCUGAGGCUGUGGUCAUGGCCAGGAGUCAUAUUCAGCAGUUUGUGAAGCUCUUUGAGAAUAAUGAGAAUCUGCCCAGUAGUCAGAAAGAGUCGGAAAUCAAGAGGGAAUUCAGACAGUUUGUUGAAGCUCAUGCAGACAAUUAUACAAUGGAUUUGUUGAUUUUGCCUACUUCCUUAAAGAAAGAACUACUGAGUCUCACACAGGGGGAAGAGAAUCUGUUUGAAACAGGAGAUGAUGAUGUCAUUAAAAUUGGAGAUGUGCAGCCAUCAGAGUUGACACAGAAUGCUGCCACAGGACCUAGUAUUGCUGGAGAUGAAAUAGUUUUACAGGAAGAUUCCAGAAGUAAAGCUCGGACCCCCGUUUCUGAGCUUACAAAGCAAAUGGACGCAGUCUUAUCUAGCUCAGCAGAUGUGCUCUUUGUCCCAGUAAAUGGUCUAAGUCCAGAUGAAGAUGCACUUUCCAAGGACAGAGUUUGUCACAAGAGGAGGUCUUCUGAUGCAGAAGAAAGGCAUACCAAGAAGCAGUUUUCCUUGGAGAAUGUUCCAGAGGGGGAGCUUGUGCAUGAUGGUAAUGCAUCGGCUGGAAAUGAAAUCAUUGACUUGUCUGAUGAUGCUUCUAACGCUCCAAACCUGAGCCCUGAUGGAAAAGACACUACAGAAGAAAUGGAAUACAAUAUCCUUGUAAACUUCUUUAAAACCAUGGGCUAUUCCCAAGAGAUUGUUGAAAAGGUCAUUAGGGAGUAUGGCCCUUCUACAGAACCGUUACUGCUCUUGGAGGAAAUUGAGAAAGAGAACAAAAGGCUCCAAGAGCCUUGCACUGCGCAUCCAGAUGCUGCUCAGAGCAGAAGUGCGGGUGUUGGGAGCAGCACAAAUGAGCUCAUUACAGAUUCUACUCCAAAGAAAACACAGAGUCACACAGAGCAAAAUAUGGUGGAGAAAUUCUCCCAGUUACCGUUCAAAGACUCUAAACCGUGUACCUCAAAUUGCAGAAUUAAUUCUUUCAGAACAGUACCAGUAGGACAGAAACAUGAGAUGUGGGGCUCACCCCAGAACUACAGUUGUAAUGUCGACCUUGAGACCGACGGCCUCUCACCCUCUGUUGCCUCUUCCAGUCCUAAAGAAGUCAGCUUUAUUUCAAGGGGACCCGCAGGUCACCAACAGAGAAGCCCAACUCUUCCUGAAAAUGGUUUUCAACAAGUGGAACCCUCACUUCCAAAUAAUACGAAGCCUGCCUGUGAGAAACGUUCUGGCUGUUGUAACUCUCAGCCUAAGCCAAAUUAUCCCCCCCUUUCUCCACCGAUGCCACUGCCCCAGCCCCAGCUGUUACCCUCAGUUACUGAUACACGGUUGGCAGGAUCCUCUGAUCAUAUCGAUUCCUCAGUUACAGGGGUUCAAAGAUUUCGAGAUACCCUGAAAAUACCAUACAAGCUGGAAUUAAAAAAUGAACCAGGGAGAGCAGAUUUGAAGCAUAUUGUUAUAGAUGGGAGUAAUGUUGCAAUUACCCAUGGCCUGAAAAAGUUCUUUAGUUGCCGUGGAAUAGCAAUUGCAGUUGAGUACUUUUGGAAGCUUGGCAACCGAAACAUCACUGUGUUUGUCCCACAGUGGAGAACAAGGCGCGAUCCUAAUGUCACAGAACAGCACUUCUUAACUCAGCUCCAAGAGCUUGGAAUAUUAUCUUUAACUCCUGCCCGGAUGGUCUUUGGAGAAAGAAUUGCUUCUCAUGAUGACAGGUUCCUUCUACACUUGGCGGACAAGACUGGGGGUAUAAUUGUAACAAAUGAUAACUUCAGAGAAUUUGUGACUGAGUCAGUGUCCUGGAGAGAAAUUAUUACAAAAAGACUGCUUCAGUACACGUUCGUGGGGGACAUAUUUAUGGUUCCUGAUGACCCCCUGGGAAGAAACGGACCUCGGCUAGAAGAAUUUCUCCGAAAGGAGGUCUUUCUUAGAGACAUGCAGCCGCUGCUCAAUGUCCUGCCAAAUGUGGGCACGUUUGACCCUGGCUUCCGGAGCCCCAGCACCCAGAUAGCCAACACCAGUCACCAGCCUCCAUCCCGGAACCAGGGAGCCUCUUCAGGCCCUUGGCUUCCUCAGCAGCCUCACUUUACACCCCUGGCCACCCUUCCCAGUAUACAGCAGAACCUUCCCAUGCCGGCACAGAGAUCCUCUGCAGAGACCAGCGAGCUGAGGGAGGCCCUGCUGAAGAUCUUCCCUGACUCUGAGCAAAAACUGAAGAUUGACCAGAUCCUGGUGGCUCAUCCGUACAUGAAAGACCUGAACGCCCUUUCUGCCCUGGUAUUGGACUGAAGGCUGGACUGAGAGCCCACUGCUGGUGGGGACCAGAGGGCGCUGCCAACCGUGGGAAGUCCCUAGUGGGAAGACGCUGCCCCAGAGUGAACAUUGUGUGCUGGGUAGGAAAAGGAGGAGGAUAGGUGUUUUGUACAUACAAAAAUCUGGAUUUUCAAAGCCAGCUUUUUUCUAUAUAUAAAUUAUGCUGCUAUUACAGAUUUAACAUUUUCUGUAAAAGGAAAGUACAUUUUCUGCCUGUUCAGAACUGUUUAAUAGCAGUCACUCUUGAGUGUAUUUACAAUUUUAUGUUUUUUAAACUAUUUUCCUUAAAGCUGAAGAAAAAUUGACAAAUGAAUAUGGUUAGCCUUUCUAAAUAAAAUUUAAAAAGAAAAAAAAGGGGGGGUGGUUGCUUCCUUAAGGAAAGCAAGACCUCUUAAAGUA